AUGGCGAACAGAAAGGACAUGCGCCGAGAGGACCUGAUCGUACCCUACGCCGAACCCGCUCCGGAAAAGGACAACCAGGAUGUGCAGGGCACGUUGGCGAGUACAUUGCCCAUGGCGGCCAUCUUCACGCGGAACAAGAUGAUAGGCUGGACCGCCGUGCUCUUCGCCAUCCAAGGCUGGCUUUCCGAAACCCCAGCGCAGAAGGCGGCGAGUUCGACCCCUUCGUACUUCUCGGUCGGAAUGUCGAUCUUAUCGCUUGGAACGGCUUAUAUGCCACUCUUCAUGCCCCCGGGACCAGCUGGGAAGGGCGCGGCGGGCACGAGUGCGCAGCCGCCGCCUCCGGUGCCGAAUUAG